CCCCGCCCCCGGCCGGUUCCUUUUAAUGGCGCAGCGCCCUGGUGCGGCGGGCUCUUGGGCGGCCCAGCGCAGCGGAAGAGUUGAGCCAGCAUGUCGGGGACCCGAGCCUCCAACGACCGGCCCCCCGCCGCAGGCGGCGUCAAGCGGGGGCGGCUGCAGCACGAGGCGGCGACCACCGGCUCCCGGGUGACCGUGGUGCUGGGCGCGCAGUGGGGGGACGAGGGCAAAGGCAAGGUGGUGGACCUGCUGGCCACGGACGCCGACAUCAUCAGCCGCUUCCAGGGGGGCAACAAUGCGGGCCACACCGUGGUGGUGGACGGCAAGGAGUACGACUUCCAUCUGCUGCCCAGCGGCAUCAUCAACACCAAGGCCAUGUCCUUCAUCGGCAACGGAGUGGUUGUCCACUUACCAGGCUUGUUCGAAGAAGCAGAAAAGAAUGAGAAGAAAGGCCUGAAGGACUGGGAGAAGAGGCUCAUCCUCUCUGACCGGGCCCACCUCGUGUUCGAUUUUCACCAGGCGGUGGAUGGGCUCCAGGAGGUGCAGAGGCAGGCCCAGGAGGGCAAGAACAUCGGCACCACCAGGAAGGGGAUUGGACCGGCCUACUCAUCCAAAGCGGCCCGCACGGGCCUCCGUAUCUGUGACCUCCUGUCAGACUUUGACGAAUUCUCCACCCGGUUCAAGAACCUGGCCCAUCAGCACCAGUCCAUGUUCCCCACUUUGGAAAUAGACGUUGAAGGUCAACUCAAAAGGCUCAAGGGCUUCGCUGAGCGGAUCCGACCCAUGGUCCGAGAUGGCGUUUACUUCAUGUACGAGGCGCUCCACGGCGCCCCCAAGAAAAUCCUCGUGGAAGGCGCCAACGCAGCCCUCCUCGACAUUGACUUCGGGACCUACCCCUUUGUGACGUCAUCCAACUGCACGGUGGGCGGCGUAUGCACCGGCCUGGGCAUCCCCCCGCAGAACAUAGGCGAGGUCUACGGCGUGGUGAAGGCCUACACCACACGCGUGGGCAUCGGCGCCUUCCCCACCGAGCAGAUCAACGAGAUCGGUGACCUGCUGCAGAGCCGCGGCCACGAGUGGGGCGUGACCACGGGCAGGAAGAGGCGCUGUGGCUGGCUGGACCUGAUGACCCUCAGAUACGCCCACAUGGUCAACGGAUUCACCGCAAAGACGGGCCAGGGUGCGAGGUGCACGCUUGUCACAGCACACGGCCCACGAGUUAACCACAGCCGCGCUCGGUGUGUGUGGGCCGUCCGUCCGCGGGAGGCACAGGGACGAAGUGGCCGAGGACACGGGGUCGGAGGCCCCCGGCCCGCAGUCCUUGUGUGCAAAACGGGGAGAUGCAGCCUCCCGGGGCCCCGAGGGCUGGCCUUAACGAAGCUGGACAUCCUGGAUGUCCUGGACGAGAUUAAAGUCGGCAUUGCGUACAAGCUCAGCGGGAAGCGGAUCCCCUACUUCCCAGCCAACCAGGAGAUUCUGCAGAAGGUGGAGGUGGAGUAUGAGACGCUGCCUGGGUGGAAGGCGGACACUACGGGCGCCAGGAAGUGGGAGGAUCUGCCCCCACAGGCCCAGAACUAUAUCCGGUUUGUGGAGAACCACGUUGGAGUGGCAGUGAAAUGGGUUGGCGUUGGCAAAUCCAGAGAUUCGAUGAUCCAGCUGUUUUAGACAAAGACAGAGCUGAUCCCGGCAGGCCACGUCCACGCCAGCAGCCACAGUAGUGUUCUUUCCCCAGCCAGCAAAACCAACGCCGUAAACAAAGAGAUUUGAAAACUAUUUUCUGUACUUUUAUAUUUCUCUUUAAGCCUUCAGCUCCACCCACUGAUUUCUACAACUUGAAACAUCUGAAAACCAGUGUUGGGUACAUUUUAAAAUCUGCUAUUUCAAUGAGCCGAAGCGCUCAAAACAGAGACCUUUUAUGGCACGUGAAUUGUCACAUGGUUGUAUGCCCGGUUGGAGCCGUUUAGUAAUAAACAAAUCCGACUGCCGCUGAA